GUUUGAUAAUUAAUUAUAUGUUUAAACCAAAAAGUUAGAAAGAUCAAUAAUAACAACCAUUUUAUUUGAGUUGGUUUACUAAUUAAGGGUACUUUAAAAGAUUGGUAAUUUAGCAUAGUGAAAAUUUGAAAAGAGGAGGAACAGCACCUUAAUAAUCUCGAAAGGAUAAAAUGGCAAUCAAGAGUCCAUAUUAGCAACCUUUAAUUACUAUAGCACAUAAUACUCCAAAUCCAUACUUAAGAACUAUGUGAGUAGUAUUUUAAGUAACCUAGAUCACAACCAAAAAAUUAUUAAAACAAUAUUUAACAAAUUUCUAAAAUUUACGCAGGCUAGUUUUAAGGUACAAUAAAAAGAAAAAGCCUUGAGAAACGUUAUGAUGAUGGUCCAAAGAGUGUUAGAGGUUCAUUUAAACCAUAAAGAACAUUUACUUAACAAGUUUCUAGACCUUUUCGUUGUUCUGAAUAAUAACAGAGUAGACCAUAAACUUAAUAAAUCAAUACAUUGGAACCUAAAUUUAAUUGUGAAAAUUUAGUAGUUGAUAAUUAUGAUGAUGAAUAACUGACUCCAAGAGAAUAAGAAGAUAUUGAAAUUGUUGACAUAGAUAAUAAUGAUGAUUAUUCAAUUGAAUCAAAUGAAGCAGAUAGUGAUGAACAUUAAAAUCUAUAAUUACCAACUUAAUUAUAAGAAUAAGAAGAACAAGAAUAAGGGCUACAAAAAAAUGCAUCUUUUGUACAAAAAUAAACUCAAGAACCAAUAGCUAGUAUAAGAAAAGCAACUGCUACACUUAAUAGACCAUAAACAUCUGAAGGUACAAGAAGAAAAAGAUUUAUGAAUUCUGGUAAAAAUGAUUCAAAACAAGUAUUUGAAACUAAAAAAUCAGAGUUUGAACUCUUAGAUUAUAAUCCUAAUGUAAUUUAAGAGGAUGAUUCAGAAAAUUAAGAAAUUAUACCAAUUAGUUUGAAUUAAUUGAAUUCUCCUAAAGUAUUAAAUUUUAUUCAUUUUUAUUUAGGAAUUGCUAUCGAUACGUUCUGGAUAAAGAAGAAAAUAAACAGAGUAAGGUUUGAUUGAGAAUUAUGAUUAAAAUGAAAGACCACCUUCAAGACAUAAAACACCUCCUAAAGCAACUGGUUUAGAAUUACCUAUUUAAUCAGGAAAUUAAAUUACUAAUAGAGAUGGAGUAGAUAUUCCGAUAAAGAAUAUGUAUGCUCAAAUUGAUAAAUUAGGUAUUGAUUUUAAUUAUUAUUUUAGAAAAUCUAAAAUAUAAUACGAAUGAUCUAAAGAAUAAUGAUGAUUUUGAUGAUUUUGAUUUAGGUUUCUUUAAAAUGAAUAAUAAAGUCAAUCUCAAUAAAUUUUAAUAGAAAGAUGGAUAUUAAACUGACGGAGGAAGUAAAUGAUUCUUUUUUUUAGUUAGAAAAAUAUAAUUCAGGAUAGAAACAUCCAUAAUCUGCUAAUUUAAAGUAUAAUGGAUUAGGAUUUCAAAAUGUAUCAUAUUCUCCAUUAAAUAAUCAAAUUACUUCUGCUCAUGGAUCUAGAAAUAAUGAAUAAUAAAUAGUUAUCAAAUAUAAUGCUAGCUCAAAUCUUCAUAAGAAUUUUAACAAUUAACCUGUCAAGGUUCCAUUUCAAACUUCAUUAGAUUAAGACUUUCUAAGAUUGUUUGCUAAUGAUUGCAUUGACUGA